AUGGAAGAUCUAAUAGUUUAUAACAUUAAAGCUGGUCGAUUAUUACUUGAGAAUAGUAACCAAGAGGUUUUAGCGCCUAACCCAGCCUCUGAUGAUGAUCCCCAGUUUCAAUGGAAUAUAGGGGCAUCAGCUAUUACUUGGAGAAUCCCUCAAAAAGCAGUGGACCUUCGAUUAUAUGCAUCAACUAUAACUCAAGAAAAAGAGCCCGAUUUGGCGACGAGAUGCUUGCUUUUUCGGAAACGUAUAAAGCAAUUGGAGUAUCAAUUGGAUACUGUUGGACCUAAGAAAAGACGUAAGGUUGUUACUAGUCCAAAUACCAGGUUUACAGGGAUUAGAGCUAUUAGGGAGGCGCAAAUCGUGGCUGGAGACCGUGAAAUUAAUGCUGAAGAUAGCGAUCGUACAAUUGAAAGUGAUGGUAUAGGCGAUUUUAUUGAAGUUGAAUAG